UAAUGUUGUUAAACAGUUAAGCACGCUUUAAUCGUUCGUCGUCGUGUUUAACUGCUGUUGAUUUCGUUUCUUUUGUAUUUUUUCGGUUUUACGCUUGUUUUCGUCGUAACUUUAUUCUUCAUUUCACAAGAGUGAGUGAAUAGUAAAGCCAAGAGAUACCUAUUCCAGUUUGACUUGGUGAAAUGUCGUCUUCGCAAGGAAAACCCAUGCCCAAAGAUACCCAAAUCAUUAUGUCAAUCAUGAAUGAUUUAGGAAUACGUGAUUAUGAACAACAAGUCUUAAACCACUUGCUGGAAUUUAAUUACAGAUACACUACACUCAUUUUGGAAGAAGCCAAGGCUUGUUCAACAUUCGCUAAUAAGGAUGAAGUUGAUGCCGAUGAUGUUAAAACAGCAGUUCAAUUGGUUCAAGAUGGUGUAUUUCUUAAAUCUCCUCCACGUGAAGAACUUAUUAAAGCAAGUAAUGAAAUAAACAAAAAACCAUUGCCUGCAAUAAAACCUGCUAGUGGAUUGAGAAUUCCUCAAGGUAGUUCAAAUUUCUUACAAACAAAUUAUAGACUCAGAACUGAUUUGAAUACCGGAAGAAAGGUUAUGAAGAAAAGCACCAAAAUAACAGCUGCUGAAAUGUUAAAUGCAACUAGACAAACGGAAGCUAUCAGUAAUGCUAAGACUACCACACAAUCUGAUCUAAGUUUGGAUGAUUUAACUGAUAUCGACAUUGACGAGAUUAUUGGAAGUCAGCAGAACAAUCAAGAUAGUGAUGGUGAUUUCAAUUUGGAUUCUUUAUUAUGCGACCCCAAUGGAUUAUUAUUUUAAACAUAUAUAUUAUAGCAAAACAAUGUUUUUAUUGGAUUUAAACUUUAAAUUAAUAAUUUAAUCUAUACUACUUAAUUUAAUAUUUAUUAUAAUUCAUAAAGA